CUCGCGGACGCCUUUACAACUUCUGUCUUAUUGCAGAACUGGACAUUGAACGCUCUUAAGCCGCGCGCAGUUCGCAGAUUUUCGUGCUCUAAUUUCGCACUCUGCGACAGGUAACCGACAUGGCGCCUAUCAGCGAAAUCUUGUCCAUCGGGAUUCGCUAUCUUCUCUAUGUCUUUCUCAUACGGUGUGUCUUGGUUUACGGCUACCGCAUCUUCCUUCAUCCGUUGCAUAACAUACCUGGACCGUUUGUGGCCAGAUUCUCCGACUGGUACGGCGCACAUCACGCCUUUCUGCGAAGAGGACAUGAAGUCACGUACCAAAAUCACCGAAAAUAUGGAAGUGUGUACCGUCACGGGCCCAACAAGCUCGUCUUCAACACUGUCCAAGCACUCCAUGAUAUCUACCAGAACGAUCGCCUCUCCAAAUCUCGCGCUUACCUAGCCACCAAACCCCACCCCACCAUCUCCAAUCUUUUCAACGUCCUAGACAAGCGCCUUCACCGCACCAAACGUCGUGUAAUCGGCCAAGGCAUCAACGACAAGGCAAUGCGGGAAUUCGAGCCCCUGAUGUUGAGCCACAUCGACACUUUCGUCCGUUCAUUGGUCAAGUCCGCUAGCAGCACCAACUUAGACGCAACGGAACCCAAAGUAGUGAACAUGACACCUGCAAUCAAAUCUCUCACCCUGGACACGAUCACCCACCUCGCCUUCGGCUCUCCUCUAUCCCUUCAAACCCAACCACAACGUCAUCCCUACUUCCUCCGUGGUCUCGCAAUAGCGAAUUACCGCACAAACAUGUACAUCCAGUUCCCUGUUAUCAAACACUUCGACUACAUCGAGCGAAUUCUGUACCCUUUCAUGUGGACGAGCCAAAAGACGUUUUAUCGAACGUUGAGGGAGAUGAUCGGUCAGAGAGCGAUGCAGGGGAAGGUGGAGGGGAAGAAGGAUCUCUAUGAGUUUGUGAGAGACGUGAAAGAUCCGGAGACUGGGGAAGGGUUGGGCAUGGCGGAUGUGUGGAGUGAGGCGGCGUUUUUGGUGCCGGCUGGAGGCGACACCACCGCCACAGCCCUCGCCGCAACUCUCCACUACCUAUCCCACUCUCCCUCCGCAUAUACCCGUCUCGCCCGCGAGAUCCGCACAACGUUCACUUCGGCCUCCGACAUUCGCCUCGGUCCCAAAUUAGCGAGUUGCUCUUACCUACGUGCCGUCAUCGAUGAAAGCAUGAGACUCACCCCGCCGACUCCUACGACCUUGUGGAGGGAGGAGAUCCCUUCUCGUAUCAAGGGAGAGAAGAAAGAGCCGUUGGUCGUCGAUGGCAUUGUAGUUCCGCCCGGAACGGAAAUCGGAGUCAGCAUCUAUGCGAUCCAUCACAAUGCAGAGUACUUCCCCGAGCCGUUUGCUUUUAGACCUGAGAGAUGGCUUCCUGGUGAGACCUUCUCAGACGCCAAGGGUCUUAAAAAGGACGAAGCAGAGAGGCAACGCAAAUUAACGCUCGAAGCAUUCACGCCUUUCUCCCUGGGGCCGCGCGGCUGCGCUGGAAAAGCAAUGGCGUAUUCGGAGACGAGUCUCGUGUUGGCGAGGUUGUUGUGGUGUUUGGAUUUCGAGCGUCCUGGAGCAAACAAGAAUAGGGAUGCUGAAAGGGAGAGUAUGGGUAAGGUGCCGGAGUUUCGGGUUAAGGAUCAGUUUAGUGCGUUGACCGAGGGGCCGGAGUUGGUGUUUCGGAAGAGGGGUGAGGCGUGGAGGGAGAUGUUUGAGGACGAGGAUCGUGCGGAGUGAUGGUACUGGAAUUCUCUUGUUUGGCGUCCGAGUGACGCGACGGACGGCACCUCUGUCCUGCGAGCUUGCAGGCCGUCGUGGGGGAUACAGGGUGCUGCAAACGGGUUCAUUUUCUAGGGCUACUUACCCUACAAUAAAUAGAGCG